GUCUAAGAAUUUCAGCUUUAUUUUUACACUUGCUUUGGCGUCAUAGUCAUAUUUUUCAAGUCUGAAUUGCGUAAAUCUGAGGCUACUACCAAGUAUUAAUAAUGUUAUCCCAAUUUGCCCUCAUUAUUUCAUUCUCAUUUAUGUCUCUCUCUGUCUGAUCUUCGGACGAACAAGAGAGAGAAAACCCUAAUUUGACAAAUUAGGGCUCAAAAACCAUGGAUCCAGAUGCACUUGCUAAGGCAUUCGUCGAACACUACUACUCAACUUUCGAUGCUAAUCGUCCUGGAUUGGCGUCCUUGUACCAGGAUUCAUCUAUGUUGACCUUUGAAGGUCAGAAGAUUCAAGGUUCUCAGAAUAUCACUGCAAAGCUUACUAGUCUUCCUUUUCAGCAGUGUCAACACGCCAUCACUACUGUUGAUUGUCAGCCUUCUGGUGGAACUGGUGGCAUGCUUGUUUUUGUUUCUGGUAAUCUUCAACUUGCUGGCGAACAACAUGCUCUUAAGUUCAGUCAGAUGUUCCAUUUGAUGCCAACACCGCAGGGAAGCUAUUAUGUGCAAAAUGACAUUUUCCGGUUGAACUAUGCUUAAAUACAGUGAUGGCCUGAUGAUUAUUCAGUUUGGACAUUUUCUCUGAUUAUUCAAGAAUUGAAUCAAAUGUUUCUUAUGUGUUUUAGUUCCACAAGACCAUAACUUUGGAUCGAAAUGGGUAUAUUUUUGGCUGGUUAUAUUUAUCAUUUGUCUGAAUUAUGCAUUUUACAUCUGUACCAAUGAUUUAGAUCUGGGAUUUGUAUGAAACGUUCUUUGGAAUUUGGAUGUUACCCUGAAGUCUGAACAAUCGCCUUCAGCCUUUCAAAUUUCAUGAAGUAUUCAGAGUUAUUCUUGUUCAUUGUUUUC